AUGGAGCCUGCGGAGACGGAAACUCUUGUCAACGGCAAUCACCCCGCAAAGGACCAGCCUCUGGCCGCCGCUACCGCCGCCACCUCUACUACACGUGAACAACAAGAUGCAAACGCUUCGGAUCACACGGCCGCGUCAUCAGUUACACUCAACGAUGCGUCUCCUCAAGUAAUACCGCCGUACUUCAAUGGCGGCCGUCUUGCGCGGACAGAUUCAGCUACGAUACCCACAGGACGUGGUAUAGAUCUUGUUGAUCAAUCAGAUGAAGACCAUGAAAGUGGGCGAGCGUGCUGGGCAAGUGAUGUCUCCGUUGAUGACUACGUGGUUGUGAGUGGUCCUACAGGGAUAGGUGCAUAUGUCGUAUGGAAUUGUACAAUCGAGACGUUCAAGGGUGGCAGUAUCACUCUUCGGAAAAGGUUUGUUUGCUUGCUUGCAUGCCUCUCCUUGCCAGCACACCAUGCUGACUUGUUAUUANGGUAUUCCGAGUUCGAUAGUCUCAGGCAGAGCCUUGUGAGAGCGUUUCCUCUCUCCGAAGCCUCCAUCCCAGAGCUACCCAGGAAGAGUCUUGUUUCACGGUUCCGGACCAAAUUCCUUGAGCAAAGGAAAGCAGGCCUUGCUCACUUCCUCACGUAUGUUGACCUGCCAAUCUCG